CGUGAGAUCGAGGAGAAGAAGGCAAGCAGGCAGAGAAAGAGAGAGAGAGAUGGAUGAGGAGUACGACGUGAUCGUGUUGGGGACGGGGCUCAAGGAGUGCAUCAUCAGCGGCCUCCUCUCCGUCGAUGGCCUCAAGGUCCUUCACAUGGACAGGAAUGACUACUACGGAGGAGAAUCUUCGUCCCUGAAUCUAACCAAGCUCUGGAACAGGUUCAAGGGCAACGACAGCCCUCCCGAGCACCUGGGCGUCAGCAAAGAGUACAACGUCGACAUGGUGCCCAAGUUCAUGAUGGCAAACGGCGCGCUGGUCCGCGUCCUGAUCCGCACCAGCGUGACCAAGUAUCUCAACUUCAAGGCUGUUGACGGGAGCUUUGUGUACAACAAUGGCAAGAUCCACAAAGUCCCGGCAACCGACGUGGAGGCCCUCAAGUCGAACCUGAUGGGCCUGUUCGAGAAGCGGCGCGCCCGGAAGUUCUUCAUAUACGUGCAGGACUACGAGGAGGACGACCCCAAGUCCCACGAGGGCCUGGACCUCAACAAGGUCACCACCAGGGAAGUCAUCUCCAAAUACGGAUUGGAGGAUGAUACGGUCGACUUUAUCGGGCAUGCGCUAGCACUUCACCGGGACGACAGCUACCUUGACGAGCCUGCAAUCGACACUGUCAAGAGGAUGAAGCUCUAUGCAGAAUCACUCGCACGCUUUCAAGGAGGGUCCCCUUACAUCUACCCUCUAUACGGUCUGGGAGAGCUCCCUCAGGCCUUUGCCCGCCUGAGCGCUGUUUACGGUGGCACGUACAUGCUGAACAAGCCAGAAUGCAAGGUCGAGUUUGAUGAGAGUGGAAAAGCGUAUGGAGUCACUUCUGAAGGGGAGACCGCCAAGUGCAAGAAGAUCGUCUGCGAUCCUUCGUAUUUGCCAGACAAGGUGAAGAAGGUUGGAAGGGUGGCCCGCGCGAUAUGCAUCAUGAAGCAUCCGAUCCCGGACACCAAGGACUCGCACUCCGUGCAGAUCAUCCUCCCCAAGAAGCAGCUAAAGCGCAAAUCCGACAUGUACGUGUUCUGCUGCUCCUACGCCCACAACGUCGCGCCCAAAGGCAAGUUCAUCGCCUUCGUCUCCACCGAGGCCGAGACCGACAAGCCUGAGAUCGAGCUCAAGCCCGGGAUCGACCUGCUUGGCCCUGUAGAGGAGACCUUCUUCGACAUCUACGACAGAUAUGAACCCGUCAACAACCCUGACGACGACUGCUGUUUCCUCACAAAUAGCUAUGACUCCACCACCCAUUUUGAGACGACGGUCAAGGAUGUGCUCGCCUUGUACAACAAGAUCACUGGAAAGGAGCUUGAUCUCUCAGUCGAUUUGAACGCUGCUAGUGCUACUGAGCAAGAAGCUGCUUGAACACCCGGCGGCCUCUUUUUUUGCAGCUCUACACAAUAGCUAUUUCUUCGAUUUUUUUUUAAAUGUUCCAUAGAUGGAUAAGUUUAUUGAUGAAAUCCAUUAUUGUAUGUUUUUUGGAGUUCCAUUUUUUGUCACAUGCAUGUAAUGAACAACGGUGGCAAUGAUUUAUAAAGGUUCCAUUAUUCGCUGGCGAAAA